AUGAAGGCUUCGUACCCCAUGUACGACCUCGAAGGUGGAAUGGGCGUACCCAUUAAAGAAUACAAGGCUAUCAAGGGUCAUAGUAUUAGUCAAUUGCGACAGAACAAGGCGAUUCGGAUUACUGUCAGUCUUUGCGUCUGGUAUUUUUUCUCUGCAUCUGCUACUUUUACGAAUAAAGUUUUGAUUAAAGAGCAUCAUGUAUCGGCUGAAAUGCUGACAAUGUGUCACCUUUUUAUCAGUAUUCUUCUCGACUUCGUUGUAUUGACACUUCCAAAUUCCUCGACGUCUGGAGCGUGGAGGAUGCAGCGCAUACGUAUGCGCAGUAUCAUAUGGAUCGUACCAUUGAGUCUCUUUUCAGUCAUGGCCAAGACACUUACAUAUUGGAGCUAUAAUGCCGUGCCUGUAUCCAUCGCACAGACAUGUAAAGCCUCUCAGCCCUUUUUUAAUGUGGUAUUGGCUUAUAUGGUCUAUCGCUCGCGAUUUUCAAUUGCCACGUAUUCAAGUCUUGUUCCAAUCGUUUUUGGCGUUGUUAUGGCUUCUGUGUCUGAAAUGGGCAUGAAUGAUUUGGCUCUUUCUGGCGUUGUAUUUGCCGUCGUGUCAGCUCUCCUGGGUGUGAUGCAGAGUAUGUAUGCAAAGUUCCUUUUGCGCCGUCGAAUUGUGUUGGAUACCGUCAACCUUCACUUUUACAGUGCAUUUGUGUCUUUUGCAAUCAAUGCCCCAUUCGUACUCAUGGCUGCUCGUGCACACCAAGACAACUUUGUAGCAAGUUUUCCGUUUACCAAAGUGUUAUUGUGCAGUAUGAUGCACUUUGUCGGAAGUUUCUGUUCUUCGUGGGUGCUGGGAGAAGUUUCAGAACUUACAUUUUCAAUUAUGAGCACGAUGAAGCGUGUUGUCGUUAUUCUUAGUGCCGUUUUAUACUUCGGGAACCCGGUGACUUUCCAGUCGAUUUCAGGCAUGCUGCUUGCGAUUGCGGGAGUGGGUACGUACCAGCUAGUCAAGAUCUCUGAGAAGCAGGCAACAAUGUUACCGUUGCCACUUACAGUCAAAACAUCGGAGUAG